AUGUCCGAUAAAUUUGAGUUAUCGUUCGAUUCGUUCUUUAAUACUGUGGACGGUGAGCAGCGAGGCUCACCUAUACUCCAUCAAGGGAUUAAUCCUACCACCGGAAAACCAUUAUGGGAUGUUCCCGUAGCCACCGCGGAGGAUAUCAACGAUGCCGUGGUCGCAGCCCAAAAGGCAUUCGCGAAAUGGUCCGCUAUGGGGUACUGUAACCGGGCCCAACUGCUCGACCAAUUCGCCAAUGCUUUCCUGAAGUUGGCCCCCCAAUUCACAACGCUGCUACAAGCAGAGACUGGUCGGACUAAAGAUAUCGCCCAGAUCGAAGUACACUGGUCGGUCCUCUGGCUUCGCCACCCAGGCUCCCUGGCCCUCCCUCAUCAAGUCUUGGAAGACGAGGAUAAAUAUGUUACGAUCGAGUACAAGCCGCGAGGUGUCGUGGUAGCUAUCUGUCCCUGGAAUUAUCCAAUCAUGCUGGCAUUCGGCAAGAUUGCCCCCGCUGUGGCUGUUGGUAACUGUGUGAUUGUCAAGCCCUCACCCUUUACCCCGUACACUACUUUGAAGUUCGUUGAGCUGGCACAGUCCAUUUUUCCACCAGGCGUUUUGCAAGUGCUGGCCGACGACGGACAGUUAGGGCCCUUACUUGUUGAUCAUCCAGGGAUCGCCCAGAUUUCUUUCACGGGAUCCACUGCAACUGGGAAGAAAAUCAUGCAAGCGGCAGCAAAGACCAUGAAGAAAGUGACGUUGGAAUUGGGAGGCAAUGACGCCGCCAUCAUUCUAUCGGACGUUGACGUCGACAAAGUUGCACCGCAGGUUGCCAUGGGUGCAUGGUGGAACUCGGGGCAGUCUUGUAUCGCCGUUAAACGCGUCUAUAUCCAUGAAUCCAUCUACGACCGCUUCAUGCGUGCUCUUGUCCACUUCAGCAAGAUGAUCUCCGUGGGAUGCUCCUCUACCAGCGGUGGCCCUGUCCUCGGCCCGAUCCAAAACAAAAUACAGUUCCAGAAGCUGAAAGAGCUCGUGGCAGAAUGCCGACAAAGGGGGUACAAAUUUGCGUUGGAUGAGCCUCCCACGGCAAAGGCCAGCCUCUCACAGCAGUCGCUCGAAGCGGGUUUCUUCCUCUGGCCGAUGGUUGUAGACAAUCCUCCGCCCGAUUGUCCCCUUGUCGUUGACGAACAGUUUGGACCGAUCAUCCCAUGCGUUCCAUUCUCUGAUGUGAAUGCGGCCAUUGCAGCCACCAAUGCGACGCCGACCGGACUGAGUGCUAGUCUGUGGUGCAGUAAUGAGGAGGCUGCCAAGGGCCUUGCGGAUCAACUCGAUGUGGGCACCGUCUUUAUUAAUGGUCCAGCCCGCCCAGAUCCACAGGUGCCAUUCUCAGGCCACAAGGAGAGCGGAAUGGGUACUGAGUAUGGCUUGGCGGGUUUGCUUGAAUACUGUCAGAUCAAGUCAAUUGUGCGGUACAAGGAGUGUUUGUGA